AUGGCUUGUUCUCAUUGAGUCGUGGGUUCCCUUUGUGUCGUGGUUAUAGAGAUCGCGUGAAAUCACUUGAAAGAACGUUCGCAGGCGCUGCAGUUCGUUCCGGUAAAAAGUUUGACAGAAUCGGCGUUCAUUUUACAGAUCGAAAAUGCGUCAAAAACAGAAACAACCUAUCAGACUGAUGAAAUGCAAGGCAUAUUCUAGGGAAAUGAUGAUGAGUGCAUACAAGGCAGUGAAAGAUGACCAUUUGCCAGUUGAUAGAGCAGCAAUCAUGUAUGGUGUGCCAAAACAAACACUGAGGGACAGAGUGUUGAACAAAGUCAAGAUCAGCUCAAGGUGGGGAAAAGAUUCAUUAUUCACCCAUGAAGAAGAAGAAUUGCUUGUUAGCCAUCUGGAAGGGUUGGCCCAGGUUGGGUAUGGCAUUAAUCGCUCUCAGUUGAACAUUCUUGCAGGUGAUUUGGCUGUGAAACUGGGUAGACGUUUAACUGACUCCAAACUAAGCAACAACUGGUAUUAUGCCUUCUUGAGACGAUGGACACACAGGCUGAAAGUCAUUAAACCAAGGGGUCUUUCAUCAACAAGAGCAGCCGCUGUCACACAGGAGAAUAUUGACAGCUACUUCAGGGAUUUGGAUGCUAUUCUUACCAAGUACUCCCUGAAGUGUAAGCCACAUCUAAUUUAUAAUCUGGAUGAGACUGGCAUUCAGCCAGAGCAUCGACCAUCAAAGGUUAUCACAGGAGUUUCGUCAAGCAAAACUCAAGCUGUCACCUCUCCGAAUACAGGCACCACAACCAUUGUAGCGUGCGUAAAUGCGGCCGGAACAGCUCUACCCCCUUACUAUGUGUUCAAGGGAAAACGGACAAACGAUGACCUAUUGAAAAAUGCAGCAGUUGGUGCCAACUACGCCAUGUCGGAUUCUGGAUGGGUAAACGGGGAGGUAUUGAUGAAGUACCUUGAAGAACACUUUCUGAAAUUUGUUCAACGAGGAUCAGGUGACAUUUCCCAACCUAUACUGCUCAUAUAUGAUGGCCAUGCUUCACAUGUCUCCAUUGACAUAGUCAACUGGGCAAGAGAGCACAAUGUCAUACUGUUUGUGCUACCCCCACACAGUUCUCAUGCCCUCCAACCAUUGGACAUUACAUGUUUUGGGCCGUUCAAGUCUAUUUUCCACAAUGAAUGCCAUCUAUACAUGGCUAAGCAGAGGGGAAGAGUCAUAACAAAAUAUGACAUAGCUGACUUGUCCGGGAAGGCUUACUUAAAAUCCAUGACACCAGCAACAAUCCAGUCUGGAUUCCGGAAAGCUGGCAUAUCGCCAUUUGAUCCGACAAAAGUACCAGCAGAAAUGAUAGUGCCGUCUAAAUCAUUCCCCAAAAUCAUUCCAGAAUUGCCAAUUAGGACCAUGAAAGAGCUCCUAGAUGAAAAGUUAAUGGAAACAGCUCCAAAAGCCAAACUUGAAAAACCAAAAGCUAAUAAAAAUAAGACACAGGACAAAAAGAAGAAACCAAAAAUGGGUGGAAAGGCCAUUACAGAAGACUGUACAUACUUUCAGCUGCUAGAAUACCAACAACAGAGAGAAGAAAAUAACACAAAAGAAAAAACAAAUAGAUCAAAACAAAAUUUGCACAAAUCACCCCAACCAAGCACAAGCAAAGGAAAUAUCGUGGACUCUGACAUUGAAAGCGAAAUUGAAGACGAAGAUCCAGCUAACAACUGUUGUAUAUGCAAGAAGUUUUCACCGCCAGGAUUGGAUCAGUGUGAUGAACUUGUGAUCGUCAAAUGGGCCCAGUGCACAGCGUGUGAUCAUUGGUGCCAUCUGCGAUUUUGUUCACAGAUCAGAGUAGUGCGCCGGCUAUCUGAUUUCUUCUGUCCGCAUUGUGCUGAAAGAGAGUGUUAAAUCUUUUGACAGUUACUGCAUCUGUUAGGUUGUUUAAAUAGUAUUUUUAUUAAAUUGUUAUGGAUCAGUUAAUUUCAUUCCAUCAGUAUUUAAUGUUUAUAAUUGUUUUUGUUGUUGUGUAAAUAGUAAGUGACUAUCAAGUAAUUAUUGAGUUUAUGCACAGCAAUUACUUUUGCAUAUUUGUCAAUAAAAUCAAUUGUGAAGAUAUUUUGCAAUAACUGUUUAUUGACUUUUCUUGCAUUAGCUUUAUUAACAGAAUUUUGCUGUUUUAAUUCUUAAUUAUUGAUCAACUAAUUUGUUUAUCAUUUAAAAUUAUUUAUUGUUAUAGAAAAUAAAAUUGCAUAUGUAUUUCAAUAAAAUUUUAUGAUUAUUGUUUGAAAUAAAUUAGUUAUAAAACACACACACACACACACACACACACACACACACACACACACACACACACACACACACACACACACACACACACACACAAUAAAACACUUACUUGGUUUGCAUAUAACAUUCAAUAAAGAAUGUAACCUGCAGUUUAUAUUGCAUUAGUGUGUUUACAGCAUGACAUAUUUGCUUACAUACAACAGCCAAUCAGAAUCCACGACUCAAUGAGAACGUAUUUCCAAGAUGGCCGCUUGACAUGAUGUAAACAAAACAAAUAGUUAGAAGUUUUUGUAUUCGUUUAAAUCAGCAAAAAGUAUCCAAAUUGAUUAACAAAGGGUUAUACUUGUGAAAUUAAAUCUUAAUUGAUUUGAACUCUUUAGUUAAUAAAAUAUUUUACCGAUUUAUACACAAUUACCCACGACUUAACAAGGCAAUA